AUGGAGAAUCUUAUUCAUUUACCAAUUUUUAAAAAUGUUAUCAAACGAUAUGGAAAAUAUACAAAAAAAGUAAAUGGAGAACUUGUUAAAAUUAUUUAUGAUUGGUUUGAACGUGAAGAUGGUAAUCAAUAUAAAUUAGGUAUAACAAAACAACAAUAUGAUCAAAUGAAAUCAAUUGUUUCUCCAAUGGAUGGUCAUGGAGAAUUAUUAGCAUUUGAUCAAUUUUGCGAUAUUCUUAUACCAGUUAUAACUGGUGGUGAAAAUGAUCAUUCUAUUUGGUUAGCAUUUUGUUCAUUUAAUAGAAAUAAUGAUCAAUAUAUACAAGCAAAUGAACUUGAACUAUUAAUGCAUAUUAUUGGAAAAUCUGUUAAUCGAGAACAAAUACGAUAUUUCAUUGAUAAAGUUGAUUGGGAUCAUAAUGGUCAAUUAGAUUAUAAUGAAUUUCGAGAAUUUAUUAAACGUGGUUAUGCAAGAGAAUUAUUAAUGAUGGAUAUAACAAGAGAAAUUGUUUAUUCAACUGAUAAAAUGGAUAUACCUAUAAAGACUAAUUAA